UCAGAGUAAACGCGUCACGAAAAGAGAAGAUUUUUCUCGCACACCAAUGAAGCUUUUUGCAUUAUUGCUGAUUUUAUCAUUUAUAAUUCUGGCCAAAACAGACGAAAAAGACCAAAAAAUAAAACCGAGGAUCGCCGGCGGGUUUCGGGCCAAGCCCUAUACCAUCCUUUACAUAGUUGGAAUCGUCCUGUCCGAGAGCUGCCAUUCCAAGCUGGAGUUCGGAGCCGGCACAAUAAUUGGAUCCCAAUGGGUCCUCACAGUGGCCACUCUGUGCAAGUACAAGUACGUUGAGGUCCACAUCGGAUCGAGGAGAGGCUGGGAGGGCUUUGAGAUUUCGAGGGUCUACAAGGAGAACUACUUCAUCCACCCCAACAAGAAGCACGAUGUGGCACUGCUGAAGUGUCCGCACAUGAAGUGGGACAAUCGCAUGAUCAGAAUUCGGGUGCCAAACGCCAAAACUUGGUCGGACCGCCACGUGGACAACCUGACAAUAUCCUGCGGCUGGGGAGCGGAGAAGAGGCAUGGACCGCUGCAGAACUGGCUGCGUUGCAUGGUGGUCAGGAUCAUAUCCAACGAGGAGUGCGCCAAGGAUUAUCCACCGCUGGCCUCCUGGCAGAUGUGCACCUCCGGCUUGGGUGGCAAGGGAAUCUGCGAGGGGGACCUCGGCGGACCCGUCGUGGGAAUCACCACAGUGAAGCCCGUCGUCUUGGGGAUGAUGGACCUCAGUCCCGACGACUGUGCCGUAAAUUCAAGUCAGCCAUCGAUCCACAUCCGCGUAAGCGAUCACUUAAAGUGGAUAUACAAAGUUAGCUACAUCGAAUGGUAUUAAUAAUGCUGAACGGAAUAUAUAUGCCGAAAUACAAAAAACAUUAUGUGUUCUUUAUCAAUUGUAAAAUACUUAAAACCCAAAUAAAUUAAAAGAUAAGCAAA